AUGGAGAUCGCACUAUACAACCACCUAGCGUUACCGCUGCGCGUUCCGCCGUCUGAAGAUGGCAAUCUGAGUGAUCUUGAAAUUCAGUUGACCGAUCACUUGAUCAGCAAUGUGCGCAUUAUGUGCCAAGCGUUUCGACAGCCGUACCAACCUGGCGCUCACCCAUCCGCGAUUUCCAAGGCCUGGGAGUAUAUUCGCUUGUGCCUCGAAUCGUCCAAGACUGUUAAUCGGAACGGACGAGUCAACAGAACGACUCUGCUGUCGGAGUUUCGUCAUCUAGCCCAAGGAAAUGCCGUGAUCCUUCACAUCAGCAGUCAAAAUGCCGCUCUUUUGGUCCACCGACUCGGAGUCCGCGACGAGGUUGUCUUUGAAGUCUUCGAAACCUCUCCAAGAAAUGACGAUGUCCUCGCCGCCGAGAACGCCUUGCAGUGGGACUUUCCAGGAAGCGCCGUUGCCAUCCCGCUGGUGACCUUUGAAGAUGGAGCAUUUCAGGGCAGCCUGGCGACCUUUUUGGAGCAAGCAUCUCUCGAGUCGACAAAGAUGUUUGCUGCUCAUACCUUCAAAGCAGGAGCUGACAUCCACGAGUAUCGAGACACGUCGAGUCCAACCAUGAUCAGCUCCAUGUUGAUGGCCAUCCUGGAAGAGAAUGGCCGCCGAAUCUCGACACCUCUUCUCCGCAAGCGAGUUCGUGACGACAUCUCUUGGCAUCAAGCGCGCAAGCCCUGGCGCCGGCUCCCAUACUGGCUCGUCCUCAGAGUCUCCAUCGCUCGAUAUCUUUCGCUCGUUUUGGGGGCAGAGAUGGGCCGUUUCCAGUACAAAUUCUUCAUUUGCAACACCUUGGCCACCUUCCUGGAAUCGGCACAGGCAUCGCUGCAAGCUGAUCAGGUUCACUUUCUCAAAACCAAGCUCUGCCGUCGGCUAGUGAAGCUGGAUGUGGAUAGGGGCAAUGUGAAAUCUGCAGGCACCCUGCCAGAUAUUGACAUCCUUUUCGGCAAGCUCACUCCAGGAAUCAACAAGAUCAUUGAUGAUGCCACCAGGCGCGUGGCUACCGAGUGGGAGGCGUUCAAAAAGGCCCAUGCAAGGCCCAUUCCCGAGUUGCCAAAGAGGGCCAGCCCCGCCGACCUGAACCUACCAUUGGAACUCAGCGGCAACAUGUUGCGGGACCUACAGACGAGCUGGGGAAAGACGACGAGGGGACAUUGCCGCAGAUGGGUGGCCCCGGAACACUUUGAUCUGGGUUCUGUUACGAACAAGCAUCUGAGCGAAUUUGCGCAGCCCUUAUUCCACGUUACCCAGCAAGAGAUGCUUCUUCAAGAUUGCCCGCCAAAUGAGUCGUUGAUAACCUAUCUCCAGACCGCACUUCCCCUAUUCCACGGCAAUCCCGAGCAACUCAGUAUCCUCAUUCUCAAUGCAAUGGAAAUGUGGAUGAGACUUGACCAAACGACCUGCUUCCAGUUCCCGCUUUUGACAGACUACCAUCCUGUCUUCACACCCGAGUCGCUCAAUGUCUUGCAUUUGGCCACCUACAAAGAUAUGGUCCGCCUGCAAGCCGUCCAGAAGCAUAUUUCACAAAGAAUCCACGCAAGUUCUCUUCCCAGAUGCACCAUAUUCGAUGAUCCUUCUGCCAGCUGUUUUGCAGCGAGAUAUUUCGACGGCAUGCAUCCCGACUCUGUUGCCAUGCGUAACUCGUAUGCAGAUAUCACCCAUGCAGAUGUUUUGAGGAAAGAAUUGAAACGCAAAGAGUGGGAAAAGAAGACUGAGGAGUUCCAGAGCCUGACUCGCUCAUGCAUCCUCAUCGUGGACGACGACGACCCCCUUGGACGUAGCUUCCACGAUGACCAUCACUGCCCGCGGUGUCGAGCAAUGCACAAGCUGGAGAAGAUACGGAUCCAGAUCUACGAGGAAUCUCUCCCCUCUGAUAUUCACCUUGCCAAAGCCGCAGUGUUUGAGCUCCGGUGCCCCCCAGCCUUCGCGAAGUAUCGCGACACAACGUUGAUGCUUAUAUCCAAGCUUGCAAGCCCGGAGGUUGCUGUGGGUGUGGCUCCAAAAUGCCUGCUGAAUGGCUACUCUCAACUCAACACCGUCGCAAACAUCUAUCCCAAGUUCACUCUGGCAUCUUUGACAAAAUCAUGUAUGUUUUUCCUCGGCCUUUUUUUUGUCUUUGUGAUACCUGCUAACGUACCCAAGUCUUGCAAACCCACUACUCCAUUGUCAGAUUUCCCGUCGAGUAGGGCAUUCAUGACUCCAAGCUUUGCCCAUCAUGUUCAGCUGAAGCUGCCGGAAAAGUCUCCUCUCCGCCCCAUAUUGAGCCAUAAAAGCUUCGCCGUUGAGGGGCAAGGCCCGAGUUCGUACGAGAUCAUGGCUACACAGCCCAACUGCCCUUCUGGGCUGAACCCUCACGAGUUCCUGGCCCUGAAAAGUCUCGUAUCGGGGGCAGCGCGAAGAUGGCUUUCGAUCUUGACGGAAUUGGCCUCGACAAACUUGAACUGGUCCAGCGAAGGCACCAUGUCAUUGCUGCUACAUCUAGCACUCCAGUGCGGUCCCAGCUCUGACAAGGACGAUCCUCUUCGCCUUGUGCACUCGGUAUUUCGCGAUGCUCAUUUUGUGCAGAAGCUUCUAGAGCAGGUCAACACCCGUCUUACCACCCUGUCAGCCUUGGCCAGUUGGAGAGAAACGCACCUCAUGAGAAUCACGAUUGUGCUUACCUUGCGCAUACAGGAGUUGGCCAGCAGUGCAGGGCUGGCCCAACUUCAUUUUCAAGCCCUCGAGUCGGUGAUUCAAGCUCGCAGGACAUGCAUUAGCUGGCUCAGGAUGCUUCGCGAGGAAGUUCAAAGCUGCGCAGAUAUAUCCACGGCGCAGCAAUUACAGGAGCGCGCACUGGGCGCUGCUUUACUCUGUCGACGUACAUUCAUGAUCAACCUGGAACAAACAACACCUCUUGAUCCUCUUUCCUUGGAAGCAUAUAUCGAGUCCACUGUUGCGAUCCAGGAAAACAUGACGAGUGAUGUCGACUCACUUUCCCAGACCACCCUCCGUGAUCUCGUGUUCGCAACAAAGCUGUCAUAUCAGCUUCAAAAUCUUCUCAUCCAGUCGAUAAACCAGCACCCCGAAGGACUCUAUAAUGCCUUGAAACAAUUUUGGCCUGAUGCUGAGCGCCUGGACCCCAUUACUACCACUGUGGAAGUUGAAGGUCGGGGUUGGAUUCGGUGCGAGCUCCCUGAAACGGAUGUUGAGCGACAUCAAGCCGUGCAUUUGAACAUUCUUCUCGGGACACUUCUCGUCAAUGGCAAACCUGUUGGAGUAAGUUGA